CAAUCCUACAUAGACAGAACAACAGACGUCCGACGCUCUCUUAUGUUUGAUCCCUGAAGUUGACGCUUCGAAGUGCGGCCGAUAGUAGACCCGUGCACCGUACUCAGAACCGUGGGCCUGCCUGGACUAAGGAAAAUGAACUGUCGGUAUGCCCGUCACGCGUGUCAACGAGAUUGUCAUCCAGGCUAUGAGUAUUGCGCCAAACACAUCUUGGAGGAGCCCAAAGCGCCCUUCAAGGCCUGCGCCGUCAAUGUCUCCGUUCCGCCCACGCCCACCGCCUCGCUCCAUCAUCCUACUACCACGCCGGUCACAUCGGCCGCUUUGGGUGGGCCGGGGACGGGGGUUACGGGCACCCACGCCUCCACUACCUGGGCCCUGGGUUCGGGAGGUACGACCGCCACCACCACCACUACCACCACCACCACCUCUAUGCCCUUGGCGGGCGGCUUGAGUCGACCGGCUUCCCGGAAAUGCGGCAAACCUGCGCCCAAACAGGACAAAAAGGACGGAAUGUGCUCCGACCACGCGAAGAAAGCAUUAAUCAUUCGUACCCGGCUGCAAAGCAACAAAAGACCAGCGGACCUAGCCCAACGUGCUUUGGCAGAUCUUCAACAUUACAAACGUCUGAGACAUGACGAACCCGAGCAUUCACCAGCCUCCAAAUCCGAUGCUUCCCCCAAAAAGGACGAAAAACCAUUGGUUCCUUCGACCCCCCUCAACGGUCUCCCGUCAACCACGGUCUCCCCUGUGGUGGUUAAGACCGUCAAAAGUGAAACGGAUAAGCCCGCAGUUCCCUUGAGCGAUCAAGACAAAUUAGAUCUCUUGCUCGAUGGAGUCCCACCUGCCUCUCAACGUUUCUUGGGCCAUGGCACCGACGUGGACCCCGACGAAGACAUCCCCAAUUUCAUCGAGGAUGCGUGGCCAACUGAGGGUGAUUCUGAUGCGGAAAGUGUCGACUCAGAUCUGGAAGAUCCGCUGAAACACGCCGGUACGUAUUCGGCCGAGGAAGUGAUCCGCAUCAUGCGUGACAAACUCAUACGCCUACAGAAAUUGUACAUUGAUCAAUUUCAACGGCUUCAAUACAUGUUGAAAGAGGAACGCCGUUCGUACAAGCAAUCUGUCCGGAAGGAGAAAGAGGACCAGCUCAUGUCCAUCCAUCGCCAGCCCAAGGACACUAUCGAAGACAUGCUCCAGUAUGAAAGAAUAAAGGCUCUGAAUCACUACAACCGUCCUCAAGGGCUGGAAGCCGUGCUACAAAAAGAGCUGAUGCUCAAACGGAAGCGACACAGCGAGAAGGGCGAGUACAAGCCGCCGUCAUUCGCCAAAUGCUCAUUCAACUUGACAGAGAGCACCAAAUGCGGCGAAAUCUGCAUUCCCAUGUCCAAAUAUUGCAUUAAGCACGUGCUUCAAGAUUCAACCCAGGUUUUGUUUCGCGAAUGCGGCGUCACCACUCAAGCCGAUGAUGGACCUUGUGAGACUCCUAUCCCUCAUGUGGUUGAAAGUAGCACAUGCGUCUAUCACACGGUACUUCAACCCUCCAUUUACGAAGAAAAGGAACCGGAUAAGCCUGAGGCUGUGGUGGAAGAGGUGAAGGUAGAGACUUGUACAGAAGUCGCAGAAGCCAAGGACAAAGAGUCAUCAACGAAUUCCAUCGACAAUCUGCCGCAGCCCAUGGAUAUUGAAACGGGCUUGGAUAAUAAUGUCUCGAAAUCCGAGGAAGGGAAAGUUUGAAAUAAAUGUCCUGCCUGUCAAUGAUU